AUGUCCAACACAAAUUUUGUCGACCGCGCCAUCGCCACAGUCAAAACCGCCAUCGAAGCCGACAGCUCCGCUGACUACGAGCGCGCCUACCAACUCUACUACCAAGCCCUCGAACUCUUCAUGCUCGCGCUAAAAUGGACAAAAGAACCCUCCCAAAAAGCGCUUAUCCGCUCAAAAGUCGCAGAGUACAUGGAACGCGCCGAGAAAUUGAAACAACAUCUCUCAGCCCAAGAUAACAAGAAGAAGCCCGCGGCCGUAGGGUCGAACGGGAAGGUAUCAGGCGGGGGUGGGAAGGGUGCGAAUGGUGGGGAAGACGGGGACGAGGGAGGCAUAGAUGCAGAUAGCAAGAAAUUAAGGGGAGCACUGCAGGGAGCCAUACUGACGGAUAAGCCGGAUGUGAAAUGGGAGGAUGUGGCGGGGCUGGAGGGAGCGAAGGAAGCGCUGAAAGAGGCGGUUAUAUUACCGAUUAAGUUCCCACAUCUGUUCCAAGGUAAAAGACAGCCAUGGCGGGGCAUACUACUUUAUGGACCACCCGGGACAGGUAAAAGCUAUCUCGCGAAAGCUGUGGCGACGGAGGCGAACAGUACUUUUUUCAGCGUGAGCAGUAGCGAUCUGGUAUCCAAAUGGAUGGGCGAGAGCGAACGCCUAGUAAAACAGCUCUUCACCAUGGCGCGCGAAAACAAGCCCUCCAUAAUCUUCAUUGACGAAGUCGACGCCCUCUGCGGUCCGCGCGGGGAAGGCGAAUCCGAAGCCUCCCGCCGAAUAAAAACCGAACUACUAGUGCAAAUGGACGGUGUAGGCCGCGACAGCAAAGGCGUGCUAAUCCUCGGCGCGACCAACAUCCCCUGGCAACUCGACGCCGCCAUCCGCCGACGCUUCCAGCGCCGGGUGCACAUUUCCCUCCCCGACCUACCCGGGCGCAUGAAGAUGUUCGAACUCGCCGUCGGCAACACGCCGUGCGAGCUCAAGAGCGAGGAUUUCAGAUCCCUUGGCGUGUUGAGUGAGGGGUACAGUGGGAGCGAUAUCAGUAUUGCGGUGCAAGAUGCGCUGAUGCAGCCGGUGAGGAAGAUUCAGACUGCGACGCAUUAUAAGAAGGUGUUGGUGGAUAAGGAGGGGGAGGAAGGGAAGGAGGAGAAAUACACGCCGUGUAGUCCGGGGGAUAAAGGGGCGAUGGAGAUGAGUUGGACGGAGGUGGAGAGCGAGCAGAUGCUUGAACCGCCAUUGGUGUUGAAGGAUUUCGUCAAGGCUGUGAAGGGGGCGAGACCAACGGUUAGUAAAGAGGAUAUUCAGAGGAGCGCGGAGUGGACGAAUGAGUUUGGGAGCGAAGGGGGGUAG